AUAGAUCUAUUGGAUAUAGAUCAGAUACAUAUUGGACAUAUAUAUGGGAUAUACACUGGACACAUAUGGAACAUAUAUAGGAUACGGAACAGACAGCUCAGACAUAUUGGACAUAUACAGCACAUAUAUAAAAUAGAUAUUAGACAUCAAGAUAUAUAAGUAUAUAGGACAUAUAUGGGGCACAUAUAGAACAUAGAUUGGCCAUAUAUCAGCCCAGCUGUGGUUCUGGGGUCACACUGCUCUCUCUGCAGUUGCCCUCACUUCCAGAGGAGGUUUGAGGGAAUCACAUCCAGCCCCUGGCUCCUCAUGCCCUCCAGCUGGGAUCCCUGUGCUCCUGGGAGCUGGUGUGACCCCAUUCCCACACCCAGGGCAGGGGACAGGGAGUGGCCGUGACCGUCACUCCGGGAGGGGUGGGGAGGGGUGAUGCAGUUUAAUCUGCAGUAGAGAUAAAUCCCAGAAGGGAAACUUGGGGAAAGGUAGGCACAGGGAAUGCACAUGGAGGACUUUGGAUUCCCGGUGGCACUGUCAGCAGGGCACAACAACCAGCAGGGAUUUGGGGUAACAGGCUGAUUUCCAAUCCCUCAGAUGCCACUGGGGCCAUGCCACUGUGUCCCCUGGUCCCGUGGCUAUUCCAGGAGUGGCGUGUCCAGAUGUCACCGCUGUCCCCAGUAGCUCUGGGGAGGUGGGCACACACCAGCCUUCUCCUUUCCCCCUGGAUAACUUGAUCCAGCUGGGCAUUCAGCUGGGCAUCCCGCCUGGCACCAGUUCCAUUCUCUGUUCACUGGGACAGCCUCCAAGUGUGGGAUAAGCUUGGUUUGUCCCUGGUCACCGUGACACAGCCACAGGAGGUGACCACAGGGCUGGGGCACUGAGGUCACCAGCAGCACGGGAGCGAGGAGCCCUGGGCAGAGCUCAUCCCACGGGAUCAGCUGAUCCUGAUCCCCCCCCGCAUCCCAGCCACCUGGAUAUAAAUCCACCCCGCGGAGCCCCGUGCUCCGUCUGUGUCACCGUCAUGGGACGGAGCUGCUCCUUCCUCCUGCUCCUCUUCCUCCUGUCCCCGUGGCCCAGAGCCACUGUGGCACUGCUGCAGUACCGCCACGACUGCGGGGAGUUGGGAAUGCAGCUCCUGGUCUUCCCGUCCCACGGCCGCACCGUCCGCUUCAAGGUUCUGGACGAGUUUGGCUCCCGCUUUGACGUGGCCAACUGCUCCAUCUGCCUCCACUGGCUGAAUUCCAGGGAGGACGGCUCUGUCAUCUUCUCCUCUGGCUACAAGGGUUGCCACGUCCUGUUCAAGGAGAACCGCUACGUCCUGCGGGUGCAGCUGGAGGAGCUGCUGUCCAGCGGGAUCCCCGUCACCUCCUACGAGGUCAACAUGACCUGCCCCAAGCCAGAUGGCUCUGAGAUGCUCCCAGAUGGAACCCGGGAGAAGACCCGGGACAGCGGAGUCCUGAUCUCCCACACCGGCCUGCACCAGCUCUCCGAGUCCUCCCUCACCCUCACGGGAUCCCACUUCACAUCCCAAGAUCACCUGGAGCAGGUUCACACCGUGGGACAGUACCAGCCCAGCUCAGUGCUUCCUGGGAUCCAGCACCAUUCCAGUCCAGCCCACUCGGGGCUUCUGUCCCAGCCUGCUGGGGUUCAUCCUGUCACCCAAAUCCAGGGAAGCUUCUUCCGCCCAGCAGUGCAGCCCUCCCAGUCUGGGGGGCAGAGCCAGCCAGGGAUGCUUCGCCCAGUGCUUGUGUCCCAAAACCAUCCCAGUUUGGCUCAUCACGGGGGUCAGACCCAGCCAGGGCACCUGCGGCCAGGGUCUGUAUCCCAAAACCAGCCCGGGAUGAUGCAUCAUGGGGGUCAAAACCAACCGGGGCAACUUCGUCCAGGGUCUGUAUCUCACAACCAACCUGGGAUGAUACAUUCCGUAGGUCAAAACCAACCAGGGAUUCGCCCAGGGUCUGUAUCCCAAAAUCAGCCUGGGAUGAUGCAUCAUGGGGGUCAAAACCAACCAGGGAUUCGCCCAGGGUCUGUAUCCCAAAAUCAGCCCGGGUUGAUGCAUUCCGUGGGUCAAAACCAACCAGGGCAACUUCGUCCAGGGUCUGUAUCCCAAAAUCAGCCUGGGAUGAUGCAUCAUGGGGGUCAAAACCAACCAGGGAUUCGCCCAGGUUCUGUAUCCCACAACCAGCCCGGGAUGAUGCAUUCUGUGGGUCAAAACCAGCCAGGGAUUCGCCCAGGGUCUGUAUCACAAACCCAGCCUGGGGGUCAAAACCAACCGGGGCAACUUCGCCCAGGGUUUGUAUACCAAAAUCCUCCUGGGGGUCAAACCCAGCCAGGGAUUCGUCCAGGGUUUGUAUCCCACAACCAGCCUGGCUUGACCUCCACUGGUGCCCAGACUCCAGCAGGAUUCCUGCGCCCGGGAGCUCAGCCCCUAAACCAGCCGGGAGUAUCUCGUCCCAGUCAGCACUCCAACUCCCACACUGGGCUCCCAGGCCACACGGGGCUGCUCCAUCCCGGCCAUCCCAGCCCGGCUUUGGUGCACCCAGGACUCUCAUCCUGGCCGGGUUUCAUCAGCCCUGGACUCCAGGCUGAGCCCCAGCCAGGCCUGGGACGCCCAGGGCUGCGGCCCCAGCCUGGAUUGCUGCAUCCUGGGAUUCACUCCCAGCCCAGCCUGCUGCAGUCCACAGCGCUCUUCUACCCCUCGCCAGGGGCAGGAAUGCAGCUGACGCGGGAGCAGUGCCAGGUGCCGGCGGGCCGGGUGCCGUGCGUGGCUCCACAGGGCCGGGAUGCAUGCGUGCAGGCGGGAUGCUGCUACGACGACAUGGACCGUACCACACCCUGCUACUACGGGAAUACCGCCACCGUGCAGUGCCUGCUGGAGGGACACUUUGUCCUGGUGGUCCCGCGGGGAAUGGUGGCCCUGCCGUACAACCUGGACAGCGUGCGGCUGGCCAGCAGCCAGGCGGGGUGUGAGCCCCGCCACGUGUCCGAGGCCUUCGUCAUGUUCCGCUUCCCGGUCACCCACUGCGGCACCACCGUCCAGGCGGUCGAGGACAUGCUGAUCUAUGAGAACCAGCUGAUCUCCACCAUCGAUGUCCAGGGAUCCCCCCGUGGCUCCAUCACUCGGGACAGUGUCUACAUUCUCCGAGCUCGGUGCAUCUACAACGCCAGCGACCUCCUUCCCUUGGGAGUGGAGGUGGCCGUGCCCCCCACAGCCGCCCCCCUGGCCAUGCCGGGCCCGCUGGGGCUCCAGCUGCGGAUUGCCACCGACGAAUCCUACAGCUCCUACCACGCUGUGGGUGACUUCCCCCUGGUGAGGGUGCUCCGGGACCCCAUUUACGUGGAAGUCCGGCUGCUCCAGAAGACGGAUCCCAAUUUGGUGCUGGUGCUGCACCACUGCUGGGCCUCCCCUGGCUCCCACGCCACAUCCCAGCCCCAGUGGCCCAUCCUGGUGGAAGGGUGUCCCUUCCAAGGGGACAACUACAGGACACGGCUGAUUCCGAUGGGCCCGGCCUCUCCGGAGCUGCCCUUCCCGAGCCACUACCAGCGCUUUGUCAUCUCCACCUUCGCCUUUGUGGAGCCCCCAGGAAUGGCUGUGCUGGAGGGGGAGGUGUACAUCUCCUGCAGUGCCUCCGUGUGCCACCUGGCCCAGCCGGAGCCCUGCCGGCCCUCCUGCCAGCUGGCAGUGCCCUCACGUGAGUCUGGGAGCCUCCAGGCGUUGGGAAGACCUCUACACGUUCCCCUCUUCCCAAGCCAACCUGCUGUUCCCCACAGGAGCACGGAGGUCUCCAGGGGACAGGAGGACAGGUGA